CAUUGGUGAAAAAAUUAAUUUUUAAUUGGAAUAUACAAUGUGAACUGAUUAAUUAACCAUUAAUUUUAAAAAGUGGAUGAACACAUAAAACGCGAAUAUUAUCAAGUAAAACUCUUACAGAAAGAGUAACUAAAAAUCAUGCAAUUGAGACGAAAUGUUUAAAUGUAUUCAGACGGCGUAGCUUAAUCAUGCCACGUCGAAAAAGAGACAGGAUCCACCGUUGGAUUUACAUCGUUGAUGCAGUGGUACCUGGUAUUUUCUUUUAUGCAGCUUUAACAAGUGCCUUUACCGACGGCGGGUUUCCGGAAUUCGACAACGAUCCUAACAAUGUUACAUUCAAUGUUGGGGAAACUGCAACACUUCCGUGUCACGUGGUCAAUUUGCAAACAAGAUAUCUGUACUGGAUGAGGAUGUCCGAACCUAACCCUAUUACUGUUGGAACUUUUGUUUACAGCCCGGACACACGGUUCUCCGUCAGAAAAGACCCUACCUCCACACACUGGGAUCUCAGAAUCCGGAAUGUGAAGCCGGAAGACGCGGGUGUAUAUUUUUGUGCUGUUAGUUCCGGAGAGAGCAGAGAAAAAUACCGGAGACUAAUCAAACUUAAUGUGAAAGAAGUCACGACAAUUCCACCAGGCAUAAUUUUAAAUGGAUCUGAAUUUGUGAAUAAAGGUGAUCCAUUGGUACUAGAAUGUCUGGCUACUGGAUUCAAUCAGAUGUCCGACUACUUAGAAUGGUAUAAAGACGGCAAAAUAAUAGACAAUGGUUACAUAUGGAAACAUCAUCGUCUUCGAGGACGAGCAAUGAACAUUACGGAUUUUCAUUUCAUAGAAACAAAAACACUUAAACGUGUUUUAUAUAUUGCCCGAGUCACAAUGGAAGAUUCGGGCACUUAUAUGUGUCGGAUCUCAGAUGAUAUAGCUAAGAAGACAGUUCAUGUUCUAGAUGAGGGAUCAUCAAGUAUUGAUAAAAGAGGAGAUCAUGAUGCUGAAUUCAUUCAAGAGACGUAUAACUCUGGGAAUAGCAUAGAAGUCCCUUGGGCCGUGAGAAUAAUGACCUUUAUUAUGGAGGAGGUCGCCAUUGUAAUAUUUUGUCAUCUGCAAGUGACAUGACGAAAAUUAAGACCUCUCUUGGCAAACACAUUCAGCCCAAGGUUGAGAAUACCCUGGACUUUUAAAGAGAGGAUAUUUGCUAGAGUCUGAACCGAAGAGGUAACGAUGUGUUUUCUAAAAAUGAUCAAAUAGAAAAUUUGAUUGUGCCAUGUUACAUUUCCUUCUUCGUCAUUCCUUACCGGAAACGGAUGAUCAUAGAGUGGAAAGGAAUAAGAUAAAAUGACGACGGGAAAAUUUCUGUGCUUUGCGAAACCACUAUUCAGAGUUUUGCCAAAGCAUUGACACAAAGAUGGAUUUUGUCCAAAUAGUCUUUCAGAUAUAAAUUCACUCUCAUGUGUAGGAUAAUUUCAUGAUGGUGUACACGAAACUUAGCUGUAUAAAAAAGAAAUUAUUUUUGUGAUCACUUCCAUUUAUCUGUAGUAGAAUUAUAAUUCUUUUUAAAGUAUUAACUUUAGUUUAUUUUACCAUUUCAUUGCUUCAUUUUCAGUCAUUUCUGUUACA